GAGGCAUUGGCGGCACCUCAAGUUGCCGAAGCGUGUUUAUAAGAUUGAUAGCUAGAAGGACUAUGGAACAAAUUUCGCGGAGCUCCCAAGUUUAGGCAAAACGUAUUGCAGAGCCGGAAACAUGAGUAACAAUCAGGGGAACCUGACCGGUCGGUUUUCUUCGAGCAAUGGCCGAAUGCCGGUGGUCGACGACAUUUUUGCCAAACGAGCCAGGAUGGAAAGAGUGAAGCCAGCAUUGAAACAGGCGACUGUCAACUCGCUCCUCGCUUUGGUCGUGCUCAUUGAUAUGCGCCUAGGAUCAGUGACGAGGUUUUUUGAAGAAGAGUGGUUAGUGCUUUGGUACAUUGAGUGUACCCUGGGCGCCCUGCUUUGUUGUAACGCCCUCGUGUACGUUGCCUCAUACACGUGGACUCACUUUUGGGAACAGCCAGUGCCCGUCACUCCAAAGCAGAUGAAGUUGUUCCGCAUUUCUGAAACUGACCCUGGGUUCAACGUGAAGAGCCCACCUCAGACGAACCAGCCAGAGAAAAGGUGGCCCGGCUUCGAUAGCUUUGUCCUGCCUUCUGCAACGCCUUCACCGCUUUCAAGGUCAAUGGCAAUGGCCCCACACGACACGUCUGCAGCAAGCUGGGGUUCUGCUGGUUCAAGCUUUGGUGCCAACACUAGCCUGUCGUCCAGUUCUUGGAUGUACUACCCAGGAGCAAAUGCUUCCCUUGACAAGAGUGGCUUUUCGGAUAGGUCUCCAGACUCGGCACUCGGAGGAGCCACCGGUGGCCUGAGCUGGCGGGGUUCCUCACCUCAAGUCAGAUGGCACAUAAGUGAUGAACGGAGCUUGGACGACUACCUGGCUUCCCACGAAGAAUCUGAUCGCAGCCUCUCGUUCGACCUCCCCGAGAGCAGUGGUGUGAUGAACUCUUCCCUACGCUUGGAUGCUGACACGGUGAUUCUCUCAACUGAGCCACUACCAGAAGGCGACCAG